AUGUAUAGCAUGAUGAUGGAAACGGACUUACACUCCCCAGGACCCCAAUCGAAUACAAAUUCGGGGCACACGGGGCCAAACAAUGGGAGCAAAGUGAACCAGGACCGCGUCAAGAGACCCAUGAAUGCCUUUAUGGUGUGGUCCCGCGGCCAACGGAGAAAGAUGGCACAGGAGAACCCCAAAAUGCACAACUCCGAAAUUAGCAAAAGACUUGGCGCCGAGUGGAAACUCAUGUCGGAGGCAGAGAAGAGACCCUUUAUUGACGAGGCGAAGCGGUUACGUGCCAUGCACAUGAAGGAGCACCCGGAUUACAAGUACAGACCCCGGAGAAAGACCAAGACGCUGCUGAAAAAAGAUAAAUAUUCUUUAGCAGGAGGUCUGCUUGCCGGGUCCGGGACUGGAGGGGGUGUGGGUCUGGGUGUUGGCAUGAGCCCGGCUGGGGUCGGACAGAGGUUAGACAGUCCCGGGGGUCACGGCGCGACCGCAGCCAGCUAUGCACACAUGAACGGCUGGGCAAACGGUGCCUACUCGGGACAGGUGGCAGCGGCUGCGGCGGCCGCGGCAAUGAUGCAGGAGGCACAGCUUGCUUACAGCCAGCACCCCGGUAACGGGGCGCACCACCACCACGGACAUCACCAUCACCCGCACAACCCCCAGCCCAUGCACCGCUACGACAUGACCGCUCUCCAGUACAGCCCCCUCUCCAACUCCCCCAGCUACAUGAGCGCAUCGCCGUCGGGGUACGGGGGGAUAUCCUACACACAGCACCAGAGCUCCAGCGUGGCGGCGACGGGGGCGAUCGGCACUCUGGGAUCUCUCGUGAAGUCGGAGCCAAGUGUAAGCCCUCCCGUUACUACUCACUCCCGUGCCCCGUGCCCCGGAGACUUGAGAGAAAUGAUAAGCAUGUAUCUACCGACGGGAGAGACAGGUGACCCGUCCGUUCAAAGUAGACUCCAUGCUCUGCCACAACACUAUCAGACUUCAACAGGUGUCAAUGGAACGGUCCCUCUGACACACAUUUAGGAGAAAUAG